ACCUACCAUGCUGACAUUUGAACAGAGUCCAGUCGAACGGCCGCAAGAGCCAAUUUGAUGACAACCUGUAAUUGCGCCUCUGCCCUCUCUCGACAACUCGAUGGGAAACGUGACAGGCUCGAUGCGCGCUUUAAAGUGGACCCCCACUGUCGGAAACAUGCACCCACUCGCUAUACCUCUGUCAGUAAAGUUGCACCGCCGCUGACGGGUGCCUUCUUGGUCGCUUCGACCGCUCGCCUCUUUGGAGGGCUCGCUACUCCGUGAGGCAAUAAAAAUCCUCGACAAGGUACCGUGACUGGCAGCUCAUGCCCUUGCCCCUCCCUCUC